CUGAUUAAGGAAUUAUUUUAAUUGCAUAUUUAGCAACUCCUCUGUUUUAAGUGCAAAUAAAGACUUUUUCAUUAAAAAUAAAAGGAAAAGUAGAGAAAAACUAAUAAAAUGGAAACACUCCAUUAUAUUGAACUGUCCAAAUGUCCGAUACGAUUUGACGCAGCCAGCCAAUUAACAAAUGUAUUUUUUGAUGACUCCAAUUGCCAGAUUUUUGCUGUGCGUAGUGGUGGCGCAACUGGUGUGAUAGUUAAGGGCCCAACAGAGGAUUCAGUUAUAUCAUUCUGUAUGAAUGAUCGUGGUACUAUUCGUUCCAUUAAAUUUUCGCCAGACAAUAAAAUAUUGGCAGUACAACGUCGAGAAAAUGCUGUGGAAUUCAUUUGCUUCCAAGGAGAGCAGCCGUUACUACAAGAAAGUAUUGUUCAUCAAAUUAAAGCACUCGUAUAUGGUUUCGUAUGGGUUCAUACGCGCGAGGUUGCAAUAAUUUCAAAUAGUAGCAUAGAGAUCUUCACCGUUAUACCAGAAAAGCGACAAUUGCGUGCUGUAAAGUCUUUGAAUAUUGGCAUCAAAUGGUUUGCUUGGUGUACUGUAUCUAAUAUUGCUCUGAUUUGUUCAACAGACAACAAUUCUUUGGUACCAAUAUUAAUCAAACAAAAGUCUAUAACAAAGCUACCAAAGCUGGAAAUGGGCAAUACUAAUAGUGAAGUUCAGGAGAGUAAAGUAACGCUGGGGCAAGUAUACGGCACAAUGGCGGUGUUCCUGCUACAAGCAAACCCGGAAGGUAUGAUGGAAGUCGAAGUGUACCUACUUAAUGGACCCGGCUUAGCACCACGCAAAUGUCAUGUACUUAGGCUUGGCCAUGUUGGACGAUUUGCAAUCAAUACUGUAGAUAACUUAAUAGUUGUACACCAUCAGGCUUCAGCUACCUCACUUUUAUUUGAUAUUGCUUUAAGUGGUGAGCAAGCAAAUGGUGUCACAUAUCACACUCCCAUUACGCCAGGACGAUCGAUUCGCCCGUUUGCGCUGAAAUUACCAAGUUUAUCGCCGGACGGACAAACAAUGCAAUGCGAAUUGUAUUCUAUGCAUUGGGUGCUAUUCCAACCGAAUAUUGUAAUUGAUGCCAAGCUCGGUUGUAUGUGGUAUUUAAAUCUUAACGUAGAACAACUUUGUACACUUAUAUCUGACCGCAUACGGCUCACAGAGUUCUUGCUGCAGCGUACAAGUGGCAAACAGGCACUUUUAAAAAUAGUGCAUCAAAUGGUAGACGAACAAUACAACGGCACACUGUUGCCUGUGCUGGAGACCAUUUUUAAUAAAAUCAAUAAGGUUUAUGCCUCAUGGGUGCAAUUAGAACUCCAAACGCAAACUGCCCAACCGUCAAAUGUAAAAACAACUAUAAAACUGCCACCUGCUCCGAAAGUGCUCAUCGAACAACAGGAUAUGUUCCAAUACGUCUUCCAGCUUAUAAGUGAGCGCGCAAAUACCGAAACGAUAUUAAUUCUCUAUUUAUACUCUUUGAACAAACAUAGUAUCGCCGCGCAAGAAGAUCUUAGCAAGAUGAUUAUAAGUGAACUUAUACGCAAUCGCAGCUUUGAUACAUUGCGGCAUUUAGUCAGUUACUCACUGUUGUUGGAGUCAAAACCAAUCGCGUGUUUUUUGCUUUCACAUUCCGAUGUUGAUCCGGCUAUUUCGCAAAUAGCGCUCGACAUGUUGAGUAAGAUCGAAGCGCAUGAUAUAAUAAUCGAGGUGCUCUUGGGUCAAGGUAAAGUGGUGGAUGCCCUACGAUUGGCACGCAAUUCGAUGAACAAUGAUAGCAUAUCGGCGCGCAAAUUCCUCGAAGCAGCGCAAAAGGCUAAGGAUGAUUUAGUUUUCCAUAGUGUUUUUAAAUACUUCCAAUUGCGUAAUCUGCGCCAACGUGGCACAAUGGACUUUUUGAAAUCGGAGCAAUGUGCUGAAUUUGUUCAAUACUAUAGCAAUUUAUAUCCCAAAGAACUAUCAUCGUAAUGAUAGUUGUUUUUCGCAUUUUAAAACACAAAUAGUUCAUUUUAUGUAAAUAUUUAUAUUUAACUACA